AUGCGCAGAUCAAAAGGUAGCAAAGCUCGUCAGCCCGCCAACCUCGACCUGCACACCGAACACCACGACUCCAGCACGCGAGGUAAGACGUUCGUCAACGCCCUGAACGACGCGCGCAAGAGCCAGGUGCGGAGGGCGGGAUGCCAACCUCGUCAGGCGACACCCCACCCUGGUCCCCACGAUGGAGAGCACAGACAAGCUCGUCAGCCCGCUAAUGCUCUGGGAGGAAGUGUGCUGGCUGUUGGAGUGCGUGGUUGGAGGAGAGCAGGAGAGCAGGAGAGUCGCAUCGCGCAGAGAGGUUUGGUGCAGUAG